UCCAUGUUUAGUCUGCCCCAACUCUUUGGUUCUCGCUCUCUCUCACCCGCCGAUCACUCUUUCGCUCUCCUGGCCACCCGUACUAUCUCAUCGCUCUUACCUCUCUCUCUCUCUCUCUCUCUCUCUCUCUCUCUCUCUCUCUAAUCUCAAAACCCUAAAUCUUGUGACUUUUCUGAUCGAUCGAGCGCUCGUUUUCCCUUUGAAAUCCGUCCUUUCGGCCUUCGAUUCGCUCGGAUUUGGAGGUUUUCUCUGGGUCGGGAGCCCUAAUUUGGGGCGCGACUUGGCGAUCUUUGUGCUCGCCGAUUGGGUGCGGUUCGGAUGGCGGAAGGGAAGGCAGAUCUGCCGGAGGAUCUCGUGCUCUUGAAGCCGGCCGUGGAGGCCUGGGCCGGCAAAGAUGUUCUUUCAGGUGGAAAUGACGAGGAGAAGGUUCUCAUGGGGUUUCUGGAUGAAUCAAAAGAUCAAGCAUCUUCUGAUAAUAGUAUUCCUUUGUCUCCUCAAUGGCUCUAUGCUAAGCCUAUUGAGAGCAAGAUCGGCCUUUCUGCUGCAUCUGGGGAUACUCGCCCACCAAAUUCUUUGACCCACGGAACCUUGUCUGAUUCGGCUCAGAAAGAUGUGUGGCGUUUGGAUGGAUCUCAAGAUAAGAAAGAAUGGAGAAGGAAUGUACCUGAUGUUGAAAGUACUCGCCGCUGGCGUGAAGAGGAGAGGGAAACUAGCUUGCUUGGUAGGAGGGAACGUAGGAAGGAAGCAGAUCGAGAUAUUGAGUACCGGAAAAAUGACCGCCGUUCAGACAAUACUUCUAGAGAAACUUCUGAGUCUAGGACUUUGCCCCCAUCUGAUCGGUGGCGUGACAGCAAAUGGUCGACAAGAUGGGGUCCAGAAGAUAGAGAGAAGGACCCUCGAACGGAGAAGAAGAUGGAUGUAGAGAAGGAGGAUUCUCACACUGAAAAACAAUCUUUUGUGGUUAAUCUUCGCCCAUUGUCUGAAUCUGAUUCUCGUGAUAAAUGGAGACCACGCCAUCGACAAGAAGUUUCUUCUGGUGGAUCUGCAGUAUAUCGCGCUGCUCCUGGGUUUGGGCUGGCUAGAGGACGUGCGGAGGGUUCAAGCGUGGGGUUUGCUCCCGGUAGGGGUAGGUCAAACUCCAUUGCUGGCUCGCCAUUUAAGUCAUCCUCUUCUGGACCAAUCGGUGCUGCACCUGCAUUUAAGACUGAAAAUGUACAUGGAAAGUCCGGAUUAUCUGCGGAGACAUUUUGCUACCCAAGGGGGAAACUUCUUGAUAUUUACAGAAAGCACAAGAUGUUGCCAUCUUCUGAUACUCCCCCUGAGGGCCUCGAGGAAGUUCCUUCAAUAACACAGUCUAGUGCUGUAGCACCACUGGCCUUUGUUGCACCUGAUGCAAACGAAGUGGCUCUUUUAGAUGACAUUUGGAAGGGGAAGGUUACCAGCAGUGAAGUAGCUUACGGCCGGGAUAGGAUGGAAAGAGAAAAUGACAGUGAGUUGGAUGUUGGUGACCUGUUCUUGAUUGAGAAGGAACAAGGUUUGCUUUCUACUAGCUCAACUGGAGAGGGAUUCUUUAUGAAUUCUGCAGAGCGGGAUUCUAGCCAUGUUGAAAGCAAAGACCCUGGUGCUAUGACUGCAGUUUCAGACAAUGAUGCUUACUAUAAUAGAAGGGUGUCAGGUUGUAUUAUUACCAAUUCUGAGGGUGAGAGAAAUGUCCUUAACAAUGAUGGAUGCAUGGGACACCCAGAUUUUAUCAAGAAUGCUAAGUUAGAAGUACCUAGCUCAGUUGUUCCUUUUGAUGUUGGUGCUAAGCUACCUGAUGAUUUAAAUUCAUUGUUUGAUACAUCAGUCAACCACAAGAUUCCAAACAGCAAUGAGCAGCUUCAGAACAGCGAUGUCGAAGUAAAACUUUUAAAACAAUGCCCUCCUCCUGAGGAGUUGAGUUUGUUUUACCGGGAUCCUCAAGGAGAGAUACAAGGGCCAUUUCUAGGUGCUGACAUCAUCAAGUGGUUUGAAGAAGGCUUUUAUGGUAUGGAUUUACCUGUAUGUUUGUCAGAUGCUCCAGAAGGCACUCCUUUUCGGCCACUUGGUGAAGUUAUGCCACACUUGAAACUAAAAUCUCAAUCUGUCCCUGCUAACGUUUCUGGCGAAAAAUCUGAAGCAUUGGACUCUUUCAAAGGAAACCUGGAGGAUUUUAUUCCUGCUUCUGAUACUACUGAUCCUUUUGCCAUGAAUGACCCACAAUGGGCUCCAUCUAGAUUAAGGGAGGCUCCGGGUCAUCAGAUUAAGCCUACAAGUACUGAACAUGAAGCUUCUGUAGAUUCUAUAAAUGAUAGGUUGUUGCUUUCCAACACUGGACAGAGCUUUCCUGAUUUUGCUGGACAAGAUGCUGAAGAAGUGUUGUAUACAGGACGGCCUGCAAGUAGUCUGGAGAAACCUUUAGGGAAGCUUGCUAAUGACCAUAUUGAUCUGUCACAGACCUCUAGUGGUCUCCAUUUGAUGGGUGCCGAAAUGGGAGAAGCCAGUUUAGCCAACCAGAACAUUCCAAGAGAUAACGAUUUGAAUCCUCUUGGAUUAUUGUGGUCUGAACUGGAAGGAACUCAUCCAAAGCACCCUCUUUCAACAAAUAUAGCCAGCUUCAGUGAUCAGAGCAUUGAUAAUCAUGCAGCUGCAAGAGAUGCAUCUCGUUUUAAACACCAACAGGAUCAUUUUAGUCUGAUAGGUGACUCCCCCAAUAUUCAUGAUGCAUGGCCCAGUAACUUCAGAAGGAACGCUAAUUCAAGUGUACUUCAGGAAGCUAUUGAUUCUAGUCGCUUGUCACGCUUUGAAGCUGAAGCGAACCAGUUCAGUUUAGAAGAGCACCUGCUUUCCCAGCAGUUACAGAAACAGCAUCUUCAACAGCAACAGUUGCUUGCUCAUCAAAACUUGGAUUUGGCUGGGCCAUUUCUGGAGCAGAUCAGGAGUUCUGUCCACCAACAGCAGUCAAUUGGUCAACCUACACCAGAUCUGGAGCAACUUUUUAAACUUCAGUUUGAACAGCAGCAUUAUUUUCAGCAGUUGCAGCAACAACAUCAACUGCACCAGCAACAACAACAGCUUCAUCAACAUCGGAUGCAAUUGCUGCAGCAGCAUCAGCAACAGCAGCAGCAGCAGCAGCAGCAACAGCAGUUGCUUCUGGAGCAAUUGUUGCAUCAGCAAUUACAGAACCCUGGGUUUGGAGCAUUGAAUGUCGACCGUCGACGGGCAAAUAACAUGCUUGAUGAGGUUUUAUUUAGGCAGCAGCUCUUGAAUGAGCCACAACAACAGUCUCGGCAUCCACCGCUGCACCAUGACCCAGCUAUUGAACAGCUUAUCCAAUCAAAAUUUGGGCACAAUCUCCAAAGGGAAAAUCACGAUGAUGUAUUGGAUUUCUUAUCUCAUUCCAAGCGCAGGCAGAUGCUUCCUUUGGAACAGCAACUUCUUCUAGGUCUUCAGCAGGAGCAGCUGGAAGCACGACAAUUCUCUAUUCCAUCGAGGCAACCACUUAGCAUGGAAGAAGAGAGGCAUGUUGGUGGGGUUUGGUCAGUUGAUGAAUCUGGCCAGUUCAUCAGGGCAGCAACUGGUCCACAUCAGACUCAUUCAGCUAGACUUAACCAAUUAGAUUUUAUGCAGCCCCCUCAGAGGCCCUUGUCCUUUGAGCAACCCAGCCAACUUGAGCAGAACUUUAUAUUGCAUGAGCAAAUGCAGCGAGGGCUUUAUGAACCAACCCUACAUCCAGUUGAAAGGUCAAUUCCCCUACCUGCAGGUACUCUUGCGCCAAAGGUAGAUUUUGUUAAUGGCCUAGGACGGUUUCAAGGACUGGAUACGCAGGAACAGCACAGUCAUGUGCAAUCAUCAGGCCAGAUGGGACAGUUUCCUUCAACUAUUCGUUCUCAUCAACGUCGGAUUUCUAAACAGGUUUCUGGUUCGCACAUGGAUGCAAUGGAGAGGCAUUGGUCCGGGUCCAACGGGCAGCUACCAAAUAACGUAAUAGAACCACAUUUCAAUCAGUUGCAGGUAGAAGCAGAAAGACAGAGGAGGGAUAUGACAGCAAAUUGUACUGUUGAGGACCCAAAUUCUUGGGCAUCGAUUGUAGGAAAUAGUGGGAGCUCAGAACGUGGAUUAGGAGACUUGCUUCACCAAAAACUGGUUCUUGAAUCUCAACAGUCAUUGGGAUUUGUAGAUAGUGUUCCUACAUCAUCCUAUGAGCACAGGGAUCCGUCAUGGCUUUAUUCACGGUCUGGCACUGAUAAUAAUUCCUUUAAUCUUACUUCUGAUAGAGUGGGCUUGGGUGAUUCAUUGUCAGAAGGUUCUCUUUUCGCUAAAGUAGGACAUGCACCACGUGAGCGAUUGGCGAAUGUAAAUUUGGAAGGACAAGGUAAUAGCUUUGAAAGCAGUAGAAGAUUAGCUUUUCGAUCUAAUUCUGGAACAUUACCUGAACAGAAACACCUCCUUUCAGAUAUUGUUGAAAUUGAAAACAAGCAUCUUGUAGAAUCUAUGGGUGGUGAUGCAUCUAUAGAGGGAAUAAAUUUCUCUGAUGUGAAGGAGGGGAAGAAGGGGAAGAAGCAUGGUUCUAAGGGCAAAUCAAUGGAUAAAUUAGUUGUGGACACUCUGGAAAGUGGGGUGGAGCAACUAAGUGGCAGAGAUCAUGGAGAUCUGAAAGUUAGUGGACCCGUUAGACAUGCCUCAUUUGGCAGCACUGGUAAAGUUGGAGGCUUCUUCAAUUAUGAAAUGGGAGUUGAUAAUGCUUAUAGUGAAGAGAUGAUUGAUGAUGGGAUUGCUGGUGCACUUGUAAAAGGGGCCGAUAAUUCCUUACUGAAAUGUGCCCAUGAUCUGCAUGUUGCAUCAUCUCAUGGAGCAUUAUCAGAGCUAGUUUCUGCUCCACCUAUCAAGGGGAAGAAUUCUACUAGCUUUGCAUCUCCGGAGGAGGGGAGACGAGAGCCGGGAGGUAAUCUGAUUGUCCGGACUUCAGAAACUCCAGCCUCAAACAGAAAGGACCUGAGAUUUCGUCGUAGAUCUUCAAGCAGCGAUGCUGAUGUACCAGAACCUUCAUUUAUUGACAUGCUGAAGAGCACCAGAAAGCCCUUGCCGGAUGCAGAUUCUUCCAUUGGUGCUGUCGAGCCCAUGGAUGCUGGCCUGGGUGGAAAGAGCAGCAGGAAGAAAGGGAAGAAGGGUAGGCAGAUUGAUCCCUCUCUUCUUGGUUUCAAGGUCCAUAGCAACCGCAUUUUGAUGGGUGAGAUCCAACGCCCAGAUGAUUGAGUGCUGAUCCUCUCGUGUCUUUUACACAUCAUCUUUUUUGAAAUGUGUACAAGUUUGUGUACAGUUCUGGUUGUGGAAAUUUUUCAUUUUUACAGUUUUUUUUUGCCUUUGCCCCCUCACACUUGGUAAAUCAGAAAAGAAGCAGGGUUAGUGGAAUUCUUUUUGAGUAAAAGAAAAAAAAAUGCGGGUAAUAUUGGUGUAAACAUUUGUACAGACAAAUGAAAUAAAUAGAGCAUGUCGCUUCAUUCUGGUGUUCC